AUUAAUUAAAGGGGCGGAGCUAAUGUUAAUUGGGGUCGUUAUGAGCUCUUUAAAUGUGACACACAGGAAAAAGUACAUACUUAGCGAAAGUAAGCCGCAAAAAUGUUAACAAUUGCAGCAUUAAUUGCGUUUACGCUUAGUGUAUGUUUGAGCAAUGCUCAGGAUUCACAGUUUCCCUGGCAGAUGCCCCAAUAUCAGGCCGGUGGUUUAUCAUCCUCACCAGUUCUGAAGGAAUUUCCCCAGCAGGAGAUGUUCAAUCCUCAGCAGGAGAUGAGCUCCUCCUCUGGGUCUCAGCGCUGUGUGGUGGAGCAGCAGGAGCGCGUUGAGUGUGGAGAGCCUGACAUCACUCCAGCUGAAUGUGAGGACAUCAGCUGCUGUUAUGAUGCACAGGGCUGUUAUUAUGCCAAGGCAGUUACUCUGCAGUGCACGAGGGAUGGGCAGUUUGUGUUGGUGGUGGCUCGAGAUGCCACCCUGCCACGCAUCAGUUUAGACUCCGUCCACAUGCUGGAAAACGAUCCCAGUGGCCUUUGCGCGCCUGUCGGCACUACUGCCACCUUUGCCAUCUAUCAGUUUGCUGUCAGCUCCUGUGGCACCAGAAUGAAGGAAGAAAAUGGUUUUGUUAUUUAUGAGAACAUGAUGUCAUCUGCGUAUGAAGUGGGCAUUGGACCUCGUGGAUCAAUUACGAGAGACAGUGCUUAUGAGCUGGAGUUCCAGUGCAGGUAUUCGGGAACAGCAGUUGAGGCGCUGGUGGCGGAGGUGAACACGGUUCCUCCUCCUCCCCCCGUCUCUCAGCAGGGCCCACUCAGAGUGGAGCUCAGGCUCGCCAAGGGACAGUGCACCACUAAAGGAUGCUCUGAUGAGGAUAUGUACACUUCAUACUACUCCGAGGCGGACUAUCCUGUUACAAAAGUGUUGAGAGAGCCUGUAUAUGUGGAGGUGCGGAUUCUGGAGAGGACUGAUCCAAACAUAAUCCUGGUCCUGGACCACUGCUGGGCCACUUCUACUCCUGAACCCUUGAGCCUGCCUCAGUGGGACCUAGUGCUUGAUGGCUGUCCAUAUAAGGAUGACCAUUAUCUGACCACUCCGCUUCCUGUUGGACCCUCAGGGCUGCAGUACCCGUCUCAUUACAAACGCUUUGUGGUGAAGAUGUUCACCUUUGUAGAUCAGUCCUCUCUUGAGCCUUUGCAGGAAAGGAUUUUCAUUCACUGCACUACAUCUGUUUGCCACCCCUCUCCCACUGAGCCAUGUGAGCCCAGCUGUGGCAGCAGAACAAGAAGGGCUGUUUCAGAAUACUUGAAUGAUUCCGAGGAAAAGGUUGUCGUUUCGAGUGGGGAGGUCAUAAUUGUAUCUCAUUUGCCAGUUUCUGACAAUCUUGUGGAUAAGGAAGUGUUUACCUCUUCUAGUCCCACAGAUAUUGGAUUAUGGAUUAUGGGCGGCAGGAGCUCUCACUGCGUUUGGUGUCUGUGGGCUCAUGGUGGCUGUUAUAAUGCAGCGGACCAGACUUCGCCCUCCGCCCGUUCCAGUGUGAUGUUAAUAAAAUGACAAAAUAA